AUGGAGGCCUUCAAUCUGCUCUCUCGAGGCGGCGCUCAGUUCGAUAAACGCAGAUUUCAGAGAGACGUCAAGCUAUUCACGUCAACGAAAGAGAAAACCGCCUCAGCUACUCCCAAAAGCAGCGAUGGCCAACUUCCAGCCGAAUUGGAUUUCUUCAAGUACGCGCAGAGCACAGGUAAUGGGAAGCGGAAGGAUGCAGAGGCAGACGAGCGCUCGAAGAAGAGGCAGAAGACAACGGAGGACAAUAGCGCUGACGGAACUGCGGAAGAUGGUCUUGAUGGCGAGGAAUCCUGCGCUACGGCCAAACAUCGAGUAACCACCAGAGGGUCCAACGUACCACCUCCGGCCGAAACGUUCGAGGAUCUUCAACAGCGUUACAACGUUCCUCCGCGCCUUCUCACCAACCUCCGUGAGAGCGGGUACCGCACUCCAACGAGUAUCCAGGCAUAUGGCGCGCCUAUACUACUCUCCGCUCGCGAUUUGGCUGCCAUAUCCCCCACCGGUACAGGGAAGACCCUCUCAUACCUCCUUCCGGUCUUCGCAGCUUUGCGCUCCCCCUCGCACUCCAAAUCCAAAAAUGACUCUGAUCCACCAACGUCCGGAGGUGCGGAGCGAGCUGUAGGCGAAGGUGUGCGCGCCCUCAUCAUUGCCCCAACACGCGAGCUCGCCCACCAAAUACAUAACGAGUGCCUCAAACUUGCCCAGGGACGGAAGUGGAGGAUCAUCCUGUUCUCAAAAGCGACCGCUGCCACCCUUGUGGACAAGAAUGUACGGGAUAACGUUGAUAUCAUAAUCAGUACACCUCUGCGCCUCGUAUCUGCGCUUGGAUCCAAUUCAAUUUCAUUGUCGAAUGUGAGGCAUCUCGUUCUGGACGAAGCAGACCGUCUACUAGAUGCCGAGUUCCUUCCUCAACUGCAAGACAUCAUUGCCGCAUGCACCCAUCCCUCCUGCCAGAAAGCGGUCUUCAGUGCAACGCUACCCGCUGGUGUAGAGAAAAUCGCGAUGGGCAUGAUGAAGGAUCCCGUUCGGGUCGUCGUUGGACUGAAGGACACUCCUUUACCGCAUAUACAACAGUCCCUCGUUUAUGUAGCUGAUGACGCCUCUAAACUCCCCACCCUCGUCGCGCAUCUCAACCGGCCGUACACCCCCCCUGUCAUCAUCUUCACCUCUACCCAACCCCGCGCAUCAUCCCUCGCAGAGAAUCUCGUACUGUACUCCAUCCCGCGUGUGGGUUGCCUUCACGCGGGCAUGACGAAGAAGCAGCGGGAAGACACGAUCAGGGGUGUGAAAGCUGGCGAAGUGUGGGUUCUCGUGUGCACGGAGGUUAUGGCGAGAGGCAUGGACUUCAGGGGCGUUCGGGAGGUGGUCAACUAUGAUUUCCCGGCGAGCGUGCAAAGCUAUGUGCAUCGUAUAGGCCGCACGGGACGAGCGGGGCGAGAGGGCAAGGCUGUCACAUAUUUCACCAACGAGGAUGCGCCUUACCUCAAAUCAAUCGCGAACGUCCUCCUUCAAUCCGGCCAACCGGUGCCUGAGUGGAUAUCGUCGCUGCCGAAGCCGUCCAAAAUGAAACGAAAACUGAUGGGCAAGGUAAAGAGAGCUGAAGAAGUGGACGUGAAGGGGACAAUCGUAGGCAAGCGAGAGGCGAAGAAGAAGAGGGAGAUGAUUGAGGGGAGCAGGAGAAGGAAGGAGAAAGCUGCGGCGAAAGUGCGGGAAGGGGGAGGUGGGAACCAGGACGAGGAUGAAGAGGAAUGGGGCGGUCUCGGAGGAGACGACGAAUGA